CAUAGGCUUUGAACGAAGACCUCCCAUAAACCUUUUUUUGAAGUUUCAGGUGAACAUAAUAUUUUUUGGCAUUGGUUGGAAAAUUCAUAUAUAUUUGAGGAUGUCUAAAAUAUUUAAGCCUAUUUAAUUUUAGUAUUUUGAUUCGUUCUUGUUGAAAACGCCCCCAUCCCCUUCCGUUCCCAUUUCCGAGGUUGUUGCCGGCCACCCCAAUUCACGCCAUUAUCUUCUUUCUUUCUUUUUUUCUUGUGUUUGUGUGUUUCUUCAAAAUUCACAAUCACAAUCCUCACAGUCCUCCAUUCAUUUCUGAAAUUCCCAAUAUUCACCAAUUCAAAACCUUUGAUCAUUUGAUCUUUUCACCCUUUUCUUCUUUGCUCGCAACAUUCACAAUUUGGGUGCUCCUUCUGUUUCUUCUCUCACCAUUGGACCGUAUAAUCUGCAAUUUCUUCAAUUGACAAAAGCAACGGGAGUUGGGUUCCAACGGAAUGAUGGUUUUCCUCAUUGUGAUGUUUAGGGAAGCCAGCUAGUUCAUUUGUCUUUUUGUUUGAGAGAGCUAAUUUGUGGUUUUGAAUGGAAAAGAAAAGAUUAGAUGACUAUGAACCAGGUCCUGUUCCUUCACCAAGAGCAUUAGAUAGAUUUGGGUUUGUAAAACAGGAUGUUAAUACUUCUGAAGGCUUAUUCAAGAAUAGAGCAGCCUAUGAGUAUGAGAGAUAUAGGGAGGAGAGAAGGGUUAGAAAAUGGAGGAAGAUGAUUGGGGUUGGUGGCAGUGACUGGAAGCAUUAUUUAAGGAGAAAACCUCAUGUUGUUAAAAGGCGUAUAAGGAAAGGAAUUCCUGAUUGCUUAAGGGGCCUUGUUUGGCAAUUGAUAUCUGGAAGUCGAGACCUGUUGCUGAUGAACCCUGGAGUUUAUGAGCAACUAGUCAUAUACGAGACAUCUGCCUCUGAACUGGAUAUAAUUCGAGAUAUUUCUCGAACCUUCCCUUCACAUGUAUUCUUCCAACAGAGACAUGGACCUGGGCAGCGGUCCCUCUACAAUGUUCUAAAAGCUUACUCUGUCUUUGACAGAGAUGUAGGCUAUGUUCAGGGGAUGGGGUUUUUAGCGGGACUUUUGCUUCUUUAUAUGAGCGAGGAGGAUGCAUUUUGGUUGUUGGUGGCAUUGCUAAAAGGAGCCGUUCAUGCUCCAAUGGAGGGCUUGUAUCUGGCAGGAUUGCCUCUGGUACAGCAAUACCUCUUUCAAUUUGAAUGCUUGGUGAGGGAGCAUCUACUGAAGUUGGGAGAACAUUUUUCGAACGAAAUGAUAAAUCCUAGCAUGUAUGCUAGCCAGUGGUUCAUAACUGUUUUUUCGUACUCCUUUCCAUUUCAUUUGGCUCUUCGAAUUUGGGAUGUCUUUCUCUAUGAGGGUGUUAAAAUUGUCUUUAAAGUUGGCUUGGCCCUAUUAAAGUACUGCCAUGAUGACUUGAUUAAACUACCUUUCGAAAAACUCAUAUAUGCCUUGAAAAACUUCCCCGAGGAUGCAAUGAAUCCAGAUACAUUGUUACCACUGGCUUAUUCUAUCAAGAUAUCCAAGCGUUUAGAAGAAUUAAAACAAGAGUAUGAGAAGAAGAAUGGAAAGAUAAGACGAUCAAGAGAACUUUCUGAAAAUCCAAUACUUCCUAGUGUCCAGGGCAACUGAAGCAGGAGCAUAUGCAGACAACAUUUGCUAGACAUGUAAAACUUUUGGUAAAGCUGAGAGGACCUCCGAGUAAAGGUCUAUCUUUUCUGCUGGAAAGUAAUCCAGUGUGAAAAUCAUACCCUCAAAUUCUGUUGUUUACAUAUGUUGCAUACUAUGUACAAUUGUAUUAGUUGCUCACUCUUGGUCAAAAUUCGGUGUUUUUAAGAGGCUUCAAUGAAGAUGAAAAUCUAUUGCAUAUAUAGAGACUGAUAUGGGUCUUCUCUCUUUUGCUUUCAACUCUUUAAAGAUGAAUUUGUUUUAUUAAUUGUGGUUAUUGUUAUUAUAAAAUGAGAAAAUCUUUAUUGUAA